UUCCACCUACGAUGUUCCUCCCGCUCCUUCGCGUUCUGUAGUUGCCUCCCAACCAGCUGCACCCUCACAGCCGGUAGCCGCAUCAGCACCGCUUGAAGAAUCUCAAGUACAAAGCUCUGCUCUUGGCGAUGGAAGUUACUCUUUCUCCUACGAGAAUCAGAGAAGCUCACGUCACGAAACAGCAGAUGCUCUCAACAACGUCAAGGGAAGGUAUUCCUUUAUUGCUGAUGAUGAUAAAUAGGCAAAUCCAGUACAUUGCUGGAGCUGACACUGGUUACAUUGCUGAAGGAGAUUCCCUUCCUCAAGGACCACCUGUUCCAGGCGCAGAAUCUGGAAUUCCAACUGGACGAAUUCUUCCUGUUCUGUCUGAGCAACAGGCUAACGAGCUUGCUGCUGCCACUUCUGGUUCUGCAAGUGCUAGCCCUUUGACUGCUGCCACCUACAGUUCUCCUCUUGACUCUGCUCCAAGGGACGCUUCUUACUCUUUCAGUUAUGAUGCUGGUCAAAGCUCUCGAUCGGAAAGUGCUGAUCCCAACCUUAACGUACAGGGAACUUUCAGCUUUGAUGCCGAUGAUGGCGUUCGAAGGACUGUGAACUAUGUUGCUGGAUCUGCUACUGGUUUCGUCGCUGAAGGUGAUCACUUACCUAUUGCUCCAGAUGUGCCAAGUUCUGACUCUCACACUCAGUCUUCCAGCCCAGGUGUUGUGUCAACCAAAACUGCAUUUCUUGCCCCUUCACAUGCUGCCCAUCCUAAGCCUGUUGCCCCAGCAGCACCAGCUGAAGAAGUUCAAGUACGAAGUUCUACUCUUGACGAUGGAAGUUACUCUUUCUCCUACAAGACUCAGAGUAGCUCACGACAUGAAAGUGCGGGCGCACAGAACAAUGUCAAGGGAAGGUAUUCCUUUAUUGCUGAUGAUGACGUAAGUAGGGAGAUCCAGUAUAUUGCUGGAGCUGACACCGGAUACAUUGCUGAAGGAGACUCCCUUCCUCAAGGACCACCUGUUCCAGGCGCAGAAACUGGAAUUCCAACUGGACGCAUUCUCCCUGUCCUCUCUGAAGAAGAAGCCAAUGCUCUAGCAGGAGUCUCUCCUCUGCUGAAGUCUGGAGAAGGGAGCGACAUUGCAGACACUCAGGCAGAUGCUUCAUACAGAUUUUCCUUUGAUUCUGAUAGUUAUUCACGGACUGAGGAAGCUGAUGCUGAUGGCAACAUUGUCGGAAGCUACACCUACGUAGAUGAAGAUGGAAAAGAACAUACUGUUAACUUUGUAGCAGGAAGGAAAACUGGAUUUUCCCCCGAGGGAUUCCCUCAACCCACAGCAGCUGCAGCUAUAGCAACUGCUUCACCCGGCCAUUCGUCACUUUCGAAACCAAGUGGUGUUACAGCUGCUCAAGAUGCCAGUCCUGUAGCAAUAACGAAAGUUGCAGGGUCCUCAGCAACGUCAGGAACUCACACAUCGCAGCUCAUAGGCGACGUUUUCCUUCACCAGUACAAUGCUGUCAAUAGCCCCAAAUAUGGUUAUGCGUUCACUGCUGUUCGUUGAUUACGAGAAGUGCACGAUGAGGAGACUUGUGCCUCCGGACCGGGUUUUUUUAGGAUUUAAUACACAUGUAUUCACUUGAUGAAAGUUUGUAAGCAUAAAACUAUAAAGUUUGAAAGAAAAAAAUGCAUUAGAUCAUAUCCCCUGUUGGUAGAAUGUACACCGCAGUUACCUGAGUUCUGAGUUAUAUCAAUUAGCUCAUCAAGUGUAAGGAAUAGCGUCAAACACAAGCUAAUAUAUUUUCACAAAAAUAAACAAAGAACCUGGAUUUUCCAGCCUUUA